ACAUUACCACACAGAUAUAAUCUAAUGUAUCACUCGUGUGUAAACAAAGAAAUUCGUGGGUCCUUGAUACAGGCAAAUUGGAUAGAUGCCAGUAUACUCAACACGGAAUGCAUCUAAAUUAUGAAUAAAAAACUUUAUAUAUAGGCCUAAAAUGACAAAUGAAAUCAUUGCGAGCAGAGAGAGAGCGAGCAGAAAAAUUCCACGUACCCGUAUGGGACCAGUCUCAGCAAAAGUAAAAGAAGCAUCCUCAAAAGCAGCAGAAUCGUCAGUGGCGGAACCAAUAGCUAAAACAACAUAUUCAGCGGUAACUAUUGCCCGACCUACACGCAACAGAAAACAAACUCAAUGUGUUUUAUGGUGAGUAACACGAGAGAUGAGGAUUCAAAGUGGCGUGAAGCAUCUCUCUCGUGUGUUCAAUAUGAGUUUUCCACAUCUCAAGCAAUGCUAUCGACUAAAGUACUGAAAAAACACUCCUAGCAAACAUCACGCAAAUGCAGAGCUGGUAAAAUUGACACAUUCCAUAUCCUAUGAUAGUGUCACAACAUGGAUCAUCGGAACAAGAGAUAAAUAAAUAAAAACACCCAGUUCUUGCCUCUGAACUAUCUGGAGAGAAAAUACUUUACCAGACGUGGACUGCACCUUAAUGGUAAGGGCAAGAAACUUCUCAGUUAUAAAAUUAUGGGAUUGUUGGUUGCAACUCACAGAAACAAUAUUAAUAAUGUGCUGAUAGCAGGAGAACUAUGUUUAGCUUACCAGCCACAUACAAUAGCUCAUCUAACCUUACAAACUGUAGCAGCAGAACCGACACUAUCUACUGAUAAAACACAGAUGUCACCAACACCAACAGCAAUGUUACCUUCUCUAGAAACAACAGCAAUUACAGAAGAAGCAUUAUUGUCACCCCAACAAACAUCACAACUACUAUUACCAGAGUCAGUUGUUAUGCCAGCAUCACCAAUGACAGAAGCAUCAGCCUCCACAACUUCGGUAGAAGAAGAAACUAUAGCAAUAGCAGCACCAAUAGAAGACUCCUGUGCCCCACCAUCAACAUCUCAACAGGCCACAACCAUAGUCUCCAAGGUCCCAUCUCCAGCAUCACCUGAAGGAGCAGAAAAAGAAGAGAACAAUGAGACACAUUUUUCAAAGCUUCUACCGCCCACUGAAAUGUCUGCUUCAACUUAUCCAAGAAAUAGCCAUAGAAGUAGAAGACCUGCUGUUCACAAAGACUAUUUUUUAUGGGAUCAGUGCCGCACCAAGAAACAGAGGAAAGCACAAGUCAAAUCGUAAGUAAUGUGUGCAUAAGCAGGCCCCUUAACAGGGAACCAGUCAGUAAAUCAAGUAUCAAUCCUGAUGUAUUGAGAUAUUCUAAUUUAACACCCAUAAACUGCAAUUUUAAAUCUGUAUUGAAAGAUAAAUUCUGUAUAUUCCACCAAAAUAUCAUGAGCCUUAGAGGAAAAUUGGUGCUUUUGGGUCUCAUGUUAAAUGAAAACCAACCUCACAUAUUGUACUUUACAGAACACCAUGUAAGGUCUGCCAUGCUGAUGCCCCAUCUGGAAGGUUAUGUUUUAGCUGAUAGUUACUGUAGAUUAAACAGAGAGAAAGGUGGAUCUGUAAUUUAUGUCAAAGAGGGUAUACCUCAUAAAUCACUUGACUGAAGUAUGUAUUGUGAAGAUUUUAAUUUUGAAGCAUGUGAAUCUGAAAUUUUUGCUGAUAAUAAAUCUAUUAUAGUGGUAACAAUUUAUGGGGCUCCAGCAGGGAAAAUCUGUAUUUUCUUAAAACAGCUUGAAUCAGUUUUGGUAAAAAUAUAUUCAAAGGCUAAGCAGUUAGUCAUCAUGGGUGACUUUAAUGUAAACUUCCUUACAGACAACACCAGUA